AUGAGGAGCCUCAUCAGCUUGAUGCCGCACGAACGGGCGGACAGCCAGUUCAGCGUUACUUCCCCAGUACGAAGGUCAGACAGGUCGCCAGACCGGGCGGUGAGACACCAGUCAUGGUUCAGGAGUGGUCGGCCUCACACGUCCGCCCUUGACCCCGGCGGCAAGGCGGACGGCGCUUGCGGCUCAGACGACGGAGGCGAAGGAAAAGGAGAAGGAAGAGGAGGAGGGCGGCGUCGCAGCAGCAACGGCAGCAGCAGCAGCACAGGCGGCGGUAGAGGCGGGCUGGACUUUCUGGGGACAACGGAGUCCGUCAGGGAGCUCUUCCACCUACCGUUUACGAGCGAGGCUGUGUCCGUGGGCUUGCACAGGGUGGGUCAGACCCUGGUCCUUGACGGCAACCUUGACCAGGAGGAGGAGGAGGAGUGGUCGGUCACAGACCAAGGGAACUGGCCGGCUCUGGGGGCGCCCGAUGCCGCCGCCACCGCCGCUAGCUCGAGCGGUGAAGACGCUGCGCUGGUCGUGCCCGGCGACCCCGGCAGCGGCCGCGGCGGCGGCGGCGGCAUCCUGUCCCUCGUGCCCAGCCGGCCUCGGGCGCAGUCGUUCGGGGUGCGCCCGCCGGAGCCGGUUGGGUUCUGGCGCUCGUUCGAGUGGGAGCUGGCCGGGAUGCACCUGGUGCUGGGCAGCAGCUUGCCGGUGUGCAGCACCGCGGAGCACCCCCAGGUUUCGGUCCGGCUGCACGACGGCGACGAGGACCUGAGCCUGUGCACCUGCCUCGACUACUACCUAGACAACGUCAUGGAGAACGUGCCGGAGCUGGCGCUCUGCAUGCGGGAGAAGGGCUACAUACAGGGGUGCCGAGUGGUGAGCACGGAAGACAUUCCCUAUCUCAGCUCCAUGUCGAGGAAAACAGCGGCGGCGACGGCGACUGAAGGGGGCCCGCAGAAUGUAGGAGCCGGUGGCGGCGGGGUCGGAGUGGGUACCCCGGUGCCCAUGUUCGAUCCAGAUGUGGUGGAGCUCAACGCCACCAUGCUGCUCCGAUUCCUGCAGGAAAACUGUUCGCGGGAGGGCGGGACGUACCUGUUGCAUCGGAGCGAGGGGGCGGCGCACGUCCAGCUGUACGACGUGAGCGCUCUGAGCAGGCAGCGACAUCGACGGUGGAAGUGGCUCCUCGCCAUGCUCUGCUACCGGUUCGCGCUUCGGAUAUCUCACCACACGCGGCGUCAAUUUUGGGGCCGUGGAGGUCGACCGGCCGCCGGAAGGGGCUCCGCGGGGGGGCGCACGGGAAACGACCCGGGUACGUCGUCGUCGUCGUCGUCGUCUUCCGACUUCGAAGCCCGCGGCCCCCUGGACGUGAGCCCGAGCGCCGGCCCGGAGGUGGUGCGGCAGUUGCAGCGGCGGCAGCGGCAGCUGCUGGAGAACUCUCUACAGCUGCUGGAGGAACUUGCCGAGCUAGGCGGUGGGGGGCACGAGACCAUCUGCGCUUCCGUCCAGGAGCACAUCGCCGACACGUACCUGGGCACCCACGGAGCACUCCCGAGGCCUGGCAGCACCAGCACCGGCACCAGCAGCUCACGGGGACAUUCUUCAGCGGGGGGGGGCACGGCCAGCACGCAAAAGGCUGGCGUUUGGACGGCAGACUCAGGAGGCGAGGUCUGGACCUCUCCGCCUCCCCUGCGCGCACAGGGGGCAGUGGCGGGUAGUGGUGGCGGCAAGGCGGACGGGGGGGCGGCGGCGCAGAAAAAGAGUAGGCACCGGAGCGACGGUUCGCGCAAGAACGGGGCGGCGAGAAAGAGCGGCGGCGCCGAGGGAAAGGCGGGAGGGGGUUCUCACCCCGGGAGUGUGCGGAUCGGCGGAGGCGGUGAUGGUGAUGGUCGCGAUGAGGUUCUGGGCGAAGAGAGGGGCCGUGCGGACAUGGACGAGACGGGCGAACGGGAGAGAGAGGAGAACCUGGAUAGAGCGCAGGACCAUCUCACGAGCGGCAUCGCGAUCCUCCACGGGGUGAUGGCCAGGCAGGAGUCCGCCGCUGCGGGGCGGGACGACUCGGCCACCGCCGACGUGGUCAUCGUCGGGGAAAGAAAGCGGCCCGUGGCCAUCAUGCGGCAGCAGCGCAACCCGUGGGUUGCGGUCGACGACGAAGGCGACGACACCGACUACAGCAGUAGCUGCGAGGUAGAGCCGGCCGAGGACGAAGGCCCGCCGGGCAUGCAGGACGUGGGCCAAGGCGGCCGGCAGCAGCAGCAGCGGCAGCGGCUGGGGCGGGGGCCGCGUCGGCGUCGGCGCCGCCGGCGCCGCCGCGGGUUGCUCCACCAUACCGCGUCCCGAGCAAGCAAAGCUUCGAGGGAGGCAGCCGCCGCCGCCGCCGCCGCCGCCGCCGCCGCCGCCUCCGGUGUCAAGGGCAAAGAGGCCGCCGCCGCGCGGGGAAGCGGGGGGCAGCGGCAGCAGCAACGGGAAGACGGGCCGGACGACGAGACUCGGGCGGAGCUCGUCCGGGGCGCCCUGGACUCGUUGUGCGCGGCGUGGGAGAACCUGGCGGAGGCGAAGGUUACGCUUGACCGGCGCUCCAGCGCCGCGGUCGUCGCCGUCGCCGACGGCGACGGCGACGGCGACAGCCAGAACGAGGAGGAGGACCGGCAUGAUGACGAUGAUGGCGAGGGGCAAGAGGCGUGGGCGGCAGCGGCGGCGACUACAGGCGAUGGUCCGAGCGAGGGCGGCAGCGGCGGCGGAGGAGGGGGAGGAGGAGGAGGAGGAGCGCAGGCCGCCGCUCGCCGAUGGCGGCGGCGGCAGGACGACCGAGCGGAGGAGCUGGGGCCGCUGUGGAAGGGCUCCCUUAGCGAGGCCCUCGCGCGGGAUUCCCGAGAUGCCGCCGCCGCCGCCGCAGACGGCGACGUGAUGGGACGCUUGGCUUGGACUCGCGCAGCUCGCCGGCAGCUCGAGGCGCGACGCGCGGAGCUCUUCGAGCUCUGUGGAGACGUCGCCCACGCCUGCGUCUCGCUUCGCGCGAAAGCGGUCGGGGUAGGGAUUGCAGCAGCAGCAGCAGCGGCAGCAGCAGGACCGUCUACGGGUGAGGGUGGGAGCAAGGAGGCACAGAGAGGCCUCUCGGCCCGACUGCAGGAGCUCUUGUCCUCCGCCAGCCCCCCCUUGGUGCUGGGAGACCUGAACGUCUGCGGAGGCCUGCACGGCCGAGUCUGGGAGACCCUUACCGCGGAAGGCGGAGACGACCCUCGGCCGCUGGCCGAGACCUGUAUCCACUCCCUCGCCAGGGAGGGCCGCGCCCCGGGGGACCCGACGGCGUGGUCGCUCUGCCUGGCGGCAGAGGCCUGCUACGACCGAGCUCUCCUCGGCCUGGACAAGGUCGUUGCGGGCGUGCUCGAUUAUCGCCACCCGGGUGGCGGCAUCGGUGCGACCACCGCCGGUGCGGUCACCGCCGGCGGCGGCGGCGGUAAGGUGAACGCGGGAAACGCCUCCUUUGUCAGCGGCGUGCCCGAAGCGCGGGCAAGGAUCCGGAAGAAGCUGGGGGACGCGUCCAACGAGCUCGGGAAGCUGAUGGCGCAGUGCGCCGGUGUCCUCGUCCAGGCACCGCCGCCGCCGCCGCCGUCGCCGCCCCACUCUGAGGCUCUCGACGCGAAAGAAGGAGGAGAACGACCCGCCGCCGCCUCCUCUUCCUCCCGCCUGGCGCCGGCGGGGGCGGCCGCGAAGCAGCAACCGCCGGUCCACCCGGGGCUGGGGUGUGCUGUCUGCGUCGCCUCCGCCGACGCGUGGUUCCGGCGCAGCCUGGCACAGUUCAGGGCGAUCGGCGACGCGAGGAAUGUCGCUCUCCUGCUGUGCAACCUCGCCAGCGUGGAGAGACUGAAGCCGCGAGCUCUGGCCCGACUCGGGGACGCGUGCCCGCGCCCAGCAGGGACGACGGGUCGGUUGACGGUGCCGGGAGGGGCAUCGGGGAGCGGCGGCAGCGGCGGCAGCGGCGGAGGCGGUGGUCGCGGCAAGAGCGGCGACCGCCCCAUCGCCGGGAAGGGCGGGGGCUCAGGACAUCUUCGGGGCGCCGCCGCGGCCGUGGAGCUGUGCGGCGAGGCUCACUCUGCCUUGGGGCGACGCGACGAGGACGAGCGAACGUGGGACCAUGCCAGCGCAGAGCUGGCCAUGGCCUACUUGUGCCUCGGGGUAGAGCGAAGGCAAGAGCUGUUGGGGGCACUGCUGCAGGCGGGCGAGGCCACCGAGGGGGAGAGGCGGCCGUCGGCCCGGCCGUCGGCGACGGCGCCGCCGGGACCUUCCGUCCCCACCGCCGCGCAAGCCAGGGGCGUGGUGAGGCCGCUGGAGCAAGCCCUCCGGAUCUACACGGACAUGAAGAACGCCCCGCAGGCGGCUGCGUGCCACUACCAGAUCGGGCAGUACUACGCCAAGAUCCUUCCGGUGUACGCCGCCGGAAUCGACUCCGCAGCUUCGUGCGAGCCGACGACGACCAACGCUCCAGGACGUCGCGACGGCGGCGGCGGCGGCGGCGGCGGCGGCGGAGGGCCGUCGUCGGCCCUGCGGGUGGCCAAGGCGUGGGAGGCUGGGCAGCGGGCGGCGCGGCACUUCCUGGCCGCCCGUGCCUACUUCGCGCCUUUCGAGCACGGCCCUACCUCGGUCAUCCUCGCGCUAGACCUCUGCAACCUCUACCUCCUCCUCGCGGAGAUGGGAGGCGGCCCUGCUGCUGCUGCUGCCGCUGCCGCCGCCGCAGGCGGCAGCGGCGGGUCGGAAUCUUGGUCUCACGAUGGUGGUAGUGGUGUAGACGCCGCCGCCGUCCCCAUCCCUUCCGUUGCGGGGGGUGACGCCACCGAGGCGGGGGGGGGUCAUCGGCUCCGGCCUACCGCGGCCGCGCGGUUUCGUUGCCUGGAGGGGGCUCUCCGGUGUCUCCUGGACACGAGGGCCGCGUUCGCGGACGCCGGGGUUGAUAUCAAGAUGGCGGCCGGUGAGGCGGCAGGCCAACAGCAGCAGCAGCAGCAGCAGGAGCGCUUGAGAAGGCUGCUGGAGUCAGUGACGGGGUGUCUCCCGAAGUCCAUGUACAAGAGGAGUCUUACGGCCACGAGGGGCGGCGGGGAAGGCGCGCAGGCGAUGCUCGCCGGGUUGGCCGUCGAGUACGGGGCGGUGGUGACAAGCUAG